AUGACGUUGGCGUUCAGCGUGAGCCAAGUGGCUACUGCUGCUGGCGAGAAAGAGGAGGCAUCUUCUUCAUGUCGGAAUUCGUCGCCGAACUCAUUCUAUGAAGGCCCGAACAUUGAGCAGACGACGGCGAGCCGUUCAGUAAGCAGCCGAUGGGAAAGGGCAGGCAAGCCCCCCUUGAGCCAACAUUGCACUGAGGAAUCCCCUGGUCUUCGUGAUGGUUGGACUGCUGCGGCUGCCACUGGUGUUAACAACGAACGAGGUAAACAGAAGGUCCUACCCGGAGUGGCGAGUGCGCCCACAAUGCUCCCGGCCAGAAGCGCCUUUUGCUUCUGUGGGGACGCGAGUCACCUUUCUAGUGGCACGCUGGCCAGCCGCCGAGAAAGUCGCACGCUUCUCACCAACACCAAAUGCACAACAAGAACAGCAAGUUCAACACUACCGCCAUCAUUAGAUCGUCACGUGACGCUUUCAUCAUCUUUUGUUUCUGCUGCUGCUGCUGCUGCUGCCACCACCGCCGCCGCUGACAACGCCACCGCCGUGAAUGUAGUGACAGCAUCAACAAAAGAAACGAUAGCAGUGACAACAGCGGUCGUAACUGCCACAGAAAGUAUUACAACGAUUAAACCGGCAUCAUCGGACAGAGCAACAAUCGAAUGGUACAACGAUAAGAACAGCAACAACAGUCGUGGUCACAGCUUGUCAACGGUUACUGCGAGCCCCACAACAACAACAACAAUCGUAUCGGCGACACUAGGAAACACCGUGAACGCAACAAAAACAACGGACCAUAUCGCAACGCUAGCAGGGGGAGCUACGGAAGGAUCAAGUGCGGCAGCGUCAGCGACCGUCACAUUCACAUCGAUUAGAUCAAAAUACUUUAACGACAACAAACAUUCAUCCCACAGUUACCAGAGCUCACACACGUCGGUGCUCAAGAACACGAACAUCGGUGGCUAUCAGUGCCGACAGCAUCACUAUCAGCCAAGUUAUCGACGGCGGCUCUUUUUGUCAACUCCUCUUCUGCCUCGUUCUUUAGCUUUGUCAUCACCAAAUAAUGCACGUGUCGCUACGACAACGAUAGCAACGACCUCGAAAUUAAACGGAGCUAGUAGUCCAAGCGUAGCAGCAGCAGCAGCAGAGACAACGGUAGUAACGACCGCAGCUUCAGCGUGUUCCUCGCCAGCAGCAAGCACUUCGCUAAGUCGCGUUAGCAGUUCUGCGCCGCCAACGCCCUCGCCGCUCCGACGCACUCGACGCCAGUCAACACUGUACAGCAACCCGUUAAGCGGCACUGGCACUCCGGCGCAAUCACCGGCGCGGACGCCUCGCGCCGGCCGCCGUGCUAGUCCGUCGCAUCGCGGUCGUGUGUCACCAUCGUCCGCUGGCGGCCUACCCUAUCGAACUCAUCUUCUACUGACAAUGGAUGGAGCUCGACCCGUCUACAACUAUUACCAUCCCUCACAUGGCUCCUCAUCAGCGAUGUCCAAUGCAACCGCUGGUGCAAGCGGCGUCGGCGGGGGCGCUGCUGCAUCUGCGCGUGGUAUUGGUGGUAGUAGUGCAGGCUGCGGUAAUGGCCAUAGAAGGCCUUCAGCGGCCGCUCGUCGCUCGACGAUACGUUCACAAGCGUCGGCGCGAUCACGGAGACGCGCUUCUUCGGCACGCUCAAGCCGACAGGGUGGCUCGAACCUUAUGGAUCGACAAUGUGCCUUAAUUCUUAUGUAUGGAAUUUACUUUUUUUACGUGCUUGCGUGCUUCGGUGCGAUCUCGACCUUCGCCGGCCUUAUGCUGCGAAUAUCGAGUAAGCAGCCCGACGCACACGACAAAGGCAAAAUCAUCUCAGGAGUCGGCAUUGGGAUCUGUUGCACGUGUUUCUUGAUUGCGUUCUACUGCCGCUCAGUAAAGCUGGACGAUAAAAUAUUCGAAAGCAUUAAAGAGACGGCUCCCAUAGUCGAGAUUGACGACCUUAUUCUGCAGCGCGUCGGAUCAGCCUACUACUACAACCCACAGCCCCCGGUGGAGCGAAGACCCACCAUCGCCUCCUCCGCUCAUAGGGCAAGUUGGUGGCAGAUGCGUCACGGAGACGCCGACGAAAUUUCGAUCUACUCCGGAGGAGUGGGUACACGGCCCGGUUCGGCCGCCUCCUCAAUAAUUGGCCAGGGGUCACACGCAUUUCAUCCGCACAUCAUUAUCCCAAGGGGCUUCCAGCAUGCCGAAUACAUCCCAGUCGUCAUUGUUCGAGAUCAGUUUGCCCGAGACUCGAGAUUAAUUUAUAUUCAAACGCCAGCGUUCGGUCAUACCAAGGAUCGGAGUUUGUAGAGUCAAUUUAAAGCAAGCCAACUUCUUCUACGAAGCGGGUUCGAAGAAGCCCAGUUCCUCGAAGUUUAGCUCAGGAUAAAUCAAUCCUCGUCAACGUAUCCAGCGCUAUCGAUCACAUUGUGCGGAGUCAUUUUCUACUAAACGGUCUGUUAAAAAAAUCCUUUUGACUUGAGAAUGGGGUCGCGUUACCAAGCUUUCGUCCGUUAUAUUACAUAUAAAAUAAGCAAUCUAUCAAUGAAUACUUCGAUUUUAGCUUGGGCAAUUUAGAAGCCGAAGUUGAAUCGAUAGUAUCUGACUCGCAAGCGCCCCGUUUAUGCAAUGUCCUCGUGGAAACUACAAGUUUACCUGCAGGUAUACUAGUGAAUAUCCGUUACCCGCUACUAUAAUACAAUGAAGCUGUUGUAAAUGCAACAUCGAAUUCUCUUACUUUAUACAAGGUAGGAUUCGAGUGUCACCUCAGAUAAAAGUGAAGAACCUCAGCAAACGAGCAGAGAUUCGGUCUUCUCUUAGAUAUCCUACAGCUACAUCGGAUCACCUGAUAGAUAUCAGAUAGCCUGAGCGAAUUUCAUACCAAUAUUCAACAUUACACUGUGUAUGUGUAUGUAAUAGUAGGCGACAAUUUUUUUUAGCCAAUAAAAAUACUUCGUUUGA